GUCUGCUGCAGGGUCCGCACCCCCGGCGACUCCCCCUAAGUUGUGAUCCGCAGUGAGAGUGAGUGCCUCGUGGCGUCUGGUUCGUUCGAUUCUGCAGGCUGAGUAAGUGACGCUGAAACCAUGGCUCCCUGUCAGAACAACCCGGAAGGAAAGCUGACGCCCGAGAGGCAAGGAUCCGAACACAAGGAGACGUUUAGGGAUGAAGAAAAAGAGAAGUUAUCCACCCUCAGCCGGACCACGAAAUUCGGCAUCGCGGCCACCCUCGGAAACUUUCUCUACGGCCACUUCUUAAUCACUCCCGACCUCCCCCGGGACCACAGACAAGACUCAUGGUUACUCUUGAAGUCCCCUCUGCCUACGGUGACCCUCUCCCUCCUCUACGUCCUCGGGGUGACGUGGAUUGGUCCGAAACUCAUGGCCAAGAGGAAACCAUUCGAAGGGCUGAGGAACGUCAUGGUGGCUUAUAAUGCGUUCCAGGUCGUCUAUUCCGCCUGGCUCGUCUAUGAGCUGGGCAUGGGCGGCUGGUUCGGCGCCUACUCCUUCAGAUGCCAAACGUGUGACUUCAGCGAUGAUCCUAGAGCCAUCAGGAUGAUGCAUGCUUCCUACUGGUAUUACUUUUCCAAGUUUGUCGACUUCCUGGAUACGAUUUUCUUCGUCCUGCACAAGAAAUACGAACACAUUUCAGUCCUUCACGUGUGCCACCAUUCCCUUAUGCCGGUUAGCAUGUGGUAUGGCGUCCGUUAUCAGCCAGGCGGCCACAACACACUGAUGGGCUUCCUGAAUUCCUUCGUCCAUGUCGUCAUGUACGGCUACUACCUCCUGGCCGCCAUGGGACCCAAAGUCAGGCCCUACUUGUGGUGGAAGAAGCACGUCACGACCCUUCAGAUUGUGCAGUUCGUCACCGUCAUCGUCCAUGCUCUUCAGCUGACCGUCACCGAUUGCCCCGGCGUGCCCCCCGCCCUUAACCUGUGGGUGGGCCUGAACUCCCUCAUGUUCUUCGGUCUCUUCGCCGACUUCUACGUCAAGUCUUACCGCGAGAAGAGGGCGUCGGCGAAGCAGAAGGCGCAGGCGACCUCUACCUCCCGCGUGUCCGAGGCGCCCUUGUACUCCAAGAUCCAGAGCAAACUCCCCCCCAACAGCGUCGCCGGCACCGCCUACCAGACCUUGGACAUGUGCGAGAAGAUGGCACUGCGGAGUCGCCUGGGUGCCAUUUAAUUGCCGCGGCACUCGUGGGUGGUGGAUUUCGUCUGUCUUCUUUUAUUUUCUCGUUCCUGAUUCUUUUCCUUCUUUUCCAUUUUUUUUAUCUUCUUUUUCUUCGUCUUCUUUUUCUUCUUCAUCUUCUUCGUCUUCCUCGUCUUCCCUUUUCCUCUUUUUUGUCUUCUUCUUAAUCAUUAAUGAUUUGAUUUCGUAGUCUAGUAUAACUGCGUUAUUCCUGUGAGACUAUACUUGGUGUAGCAUUUACAAGUGAUAUUUCAAAAUGCCAAAAAAAACUGUCUGAUUUUUCUUACUUAUAGUUUGAAAUGCCACAAAGAGACUUCCUCUACCUCUCUUUCUCUCUCUCUCUCUCUCUUUCUCUCUUUCACUCACUCUCUCUUUCACUCUCUCCAACCCUCUCUCUUUUCUUUUUCUUCUUCGCCUUCUUCUUCUUUUUCGUCCCUUUCUUCUCCAUCAUAAUUCCACUUCCUCAUUUCGGAAAUUUCCGACUAUUUUCGCGCGAAAAAAGUAACUGCAGCGAGUUACAUCACAGUGACGUCAUAACCACAGGUCGGGCAAGGCAAUGACCUGCCUGGCCUUGAAAUUGAGACGAACAAAAAUUAUAGAAUAAAGAAAAAAAAAGGUAACAAGAACAUAGCUGUGUAAUUUCGAGUUAAUUCAAUCUAUACAUGUCUCAUUUUUUUAACAGUUUACUAUACAUGAAAAUACCCUGUCUGGAAAAUACGAGAGAAAAAAAUAUUUAAGAAACAGGGGGAAAAAAUGUGCAAAAAAUUGAGCUAGUAGAUAAUAAAAAAGAAGUUUUUCCCGCAUCAUUUUGUUCAGAAAAAAUGUAGUUUAUGUGGAGGGAGAUACAACUUUUUUCUCCUCCUCCUUCUUCUUCUUCUUCUUCUUCUUCCUAAACAUACAGCAUCAUAUUCGUUAAGUCACUCGCCUUACGCAACAAGGCUUCAUUUUAUCUUUUAUUAAAUCUCCUUCUUCCUGACUUUCCUGGUGUCAUUUCGCUUAUCUCUCUCUCUCUGUCUCUCUCUCUCUCUCUCUCUCUCUCUC